AUGGCCGGGGCGGGGCCGGGGCCGUGCAAGGGCGGCGACGGGGUCGCUGCGGGUGGCGACGGGGCCGCUGCGCGCGGCGACGGCGCGGCCGAUGCGGGCGAGGACGGGGUCGUGCUGCACCCAUCAGAGUCCCCUCGGGCCAACCCUGCCACGCCGGGUGAUGAGGAGAGCGAGCGGCUGAAGCAUCUCAAUGAUUAUCAGACGAUGCUGCAUCCGCCAGAGUCCGCUCAGGGCACCCCUGCCACGCCCAGCGAAGUGGAGAGCAGGCGGCUGAAGCAUCUGAACGACCCGCAGACGCAAGACCAGGAGGAGCUCUUGAGGGUGAUAGUGAGCGAGCUGGGGUUUGACAGCAGCCGGCCGGUGGUGGCAUGUGUGACGUACAAGGCGCUGCUGCACUGGCGGUCAUUUGAGGCGGAGCGCACGAGCGUCUUCGACCGCAUCAUCCAGACCAUCUGA